AUGAUCUUUCACACGCAUUUUAUUUUCUUUUAAGUUGGAUAAAUAUAAUAUUUUACAAAAUCUCUAACCUGCACAAAAAUAGGUAAUUAACUUUAUAAUCCAUAUGAUCUUAGAAUUAAAUGCUAUGAUGCUGAUACCUUAAAAUUUAAUUAUCCAUUUUCUAUAACUAUUCUAUUAUUUAGAACAUUCUUACCAUUAUUAGUAUUAUAUAAUAUUAAAAAAAAUAAAAAUAAGCUAAAUGAAUGCACAAUAAAGUAUAAAUAUGGAUACUACUACGAAGAGUUUUAAAGAGAGUACUAUUAUUGGGAAUUUAUUAGAACUUACCUUAAAAUAUUACUUAUCUACAUUUACACUAUUAUCUAACCAUAUUAUUAAAUUACUUCAUUAGUUGGCUCAUUAAUAAUAAUUGGCUUAUAUCUUAAAGUAGUUUAGUAAACGAAUCCAUUUUUUUCAAAAACUCUCUAAAAAAGCGAAAUAUUAUGUUACUUAUUAAUAGUUAUAAAAUUAUUUUUAUCAGGACUCAAAUUAGAUGGUGAUAAUAAAUCUAUAUUAUUUGCUAAUAUGAUCUAAUUUAUAAUAGAUUAUUCAUUCUUUUCUUACUGCUUCUUUUCUAUUUUGCUGUUAAAAAUCAAGAGCAAAAGUUCUAAAUUAGGAAUGUUUUUGAUGAUGUUGAUUACAAAAAUACUUCCUAAAAAAUGCUAUGAAAGCUUAUAGAAUAAUAUCUCUUUUAGAACAUUCUAUCUUUGGAGACUCAUUUAUAGAAAUUUAGCUGUGAUCACAAAAUUGAAACCUGAAUUGUAUUCAAAUAUCUCUCAAUUAAAUAUGUCCAAAAAAGAAUUGAGUCGAAUUACUUAGAAAAAAAAAUCAUAUGUAGCUAAAAAAAUUGUAGGCUUAGAAAAUACUCAAACACUGGAGGAUAAAAGUUUAAUAGGAGGAAGUCCAUUCAUUAGUUAGAUUACAUAAAAUUACUCAUUUAUAAAGCGCCCAUAAUAAACAGUAAAUCCUUUGAAUAUCUUAUCGAAUUCAAUAUACUAAACUAGAUUAAAUACUUUUUAGUAAACAAAAGAUAUUAGUAAAUAAAAAUCAAAAAAAAUAGAGGUACUUGACUUGUCUGAUAUUUCAUGA